ACUGGAGCCUACCUGGGCUCUUUGGUGGGGAUAAUGGCGGACUCUGGGAGGGCUCACGCCAAGGAGUACUUCCCAGAACUUCUGCUGCCAGUGUCCUUGUCCCUUGUUGAGCCACAGCUGCCCCCCUCCUCUGCAAGAGACCCUCCAACACUAGCAGAGUGGUAUCCAAGGCUUCAGAAGACACAGUGAUCCAUCCACAUCUCAAGCAGAGAGCUUGGGCCACUGCGUAAACCAGGAACCCAGCAUCAGAAAGGGACAGCCGAAACCCAGCCGGCAGACCUGUAUUCACUCCAGGCUGGAGGCUCUUCGUGGUAAAACCGCUCUGUGGGGCUGUGGGGCAGAGACUGGGGAGCAGUCACUGGCACAGGCACGUAGGGGUGCCAAAGAGAAGCGGCCUCCUGCCCCUCUCAGGCUGAAUGAGCCGGAUCGUUCUGAGGAACAGGACCCAGGUUUCCUGUUUAAAUCCUUCUUUUGCAACCUUAAAAAAAAAGACUGCUAAGUGAGGGCAGGAAUUCUGUGCCCUGCCCCCGUACCAUACACAUUCCCACCCUUCUGUUUGCUUCACCAAGUUCUGGGAACACCUCAUUGCCACCCACCUCACCGUGCUCAACUCCACCCAUUCCCCUUAAGGCACAGAGCCCAAAGGAGAAGUGAAGCUGAGUGAGCAGAAUACCUCAGAGUGCAUUUGGCCUUCAGGAACUGGCCACCAGUCGGUGUUGUGGCCAUUCAUGGACACCCAAUGGUACAAGAAAGAAGAACGUUGUCCCUUUCUUGUCGUUCUGAAAGACUGAGACCCCAAGUUCUAUCUCCAUCAUCACACUGGAAGCUGAGGACUUCUGACUCAGUCAGGACCUUGACCUUGAAUUCAUAAAGAUUCUAAAAGCUCCAGAGACAAACGCUUCGUGGACACAAUCCCCUGAAACCAGUAACCCACUGCCUGUAAUAGCAAAGUAAACACGGAAACCAUUUCCCUUGACCUGUGGGAGAAGCCAGGAUGGAAACUUCCACCACCCCAAAGAACUAUGACAUGACCACAGGAGCCAACUAUGGAGCCGCAACCCCGUGCCAGAAGGUACAGGAGAGGGCCUUUGGGGCCCAGCUGCUGCCCCCCGUGUACUCGGUGGUAUUUGUCUUUGGCCUGAUAGGCAACAUCCUAGUGGUCCUGGUCCUCAUGCAAUACAAGAGGCUCAAAAGCAUGACGAGCAUCUACCUCCUCAACCUGGCCAUGUCUGACCUGAUCUUCCUCUUCACGCUGCCCUUCUGGAUUGACUACAAGCUGAAGGAUGACUGGGUUUUUGGUAAUCACAUGUGUAAGUUGCUCUCUGGGCUUUAUUUCUUGGGCUUGUACAGCGAGAUCUUCUUCAUCACCCUGCUGACCAUCGACAGGUACCUGGCCAUUGUCCAUGCUGUGUUUGCCCUGCGGGCUCGGACCGUCACCUUUGGUAUCAUCACCAGCAUUGUCAUCUGGGUCCUGGCCGUCUUGGCUUCUGUCCCGGGCUUGUACUUUUCCAAGACCCAGGAGACGUCCACUCACUACACCUGCAGUCUUGAUUUUCCUCGUGAAAGCCGAAGCACGUGGAAGCAGUUCCAGGCUCUGAAACUGAACAUCGUGGGGCUGGUGUUGCCUCUGUUGGUCAUGGUCGUCUGCUACACAGGGAUUAUAAAGAUUCUGCUCAGACGACCAAAUGAGAAGAAGUCCAAAGCUGUGCGUCUGAUUUUUGCCAUCAUGAUCAUCUUCUUUCUCUUUUGGACCCCGUACAAUCUGACUGUGUUUGUUUCUGCUUUCCAAGACUCCCUGUUCACCCAUGAGUGUGAGCAGAGCAAACAGCUGGACCUGGCCAUACAAGUGACGGAGGUGAUCGCCUACACCCACUGUUGCAUCAACCCCGUGAUCUACGUCUUUGUCAGUGAAAGGUUCCGCAAGUAUCUACGGCAGUUGUUCCAUCAGCUGUUCGCCGUUUGCCUGGCUAAAUGGCUCCCCUUCCUCUCCACGAAGAGGCUUGAGAGGGUCAGCUCCACGUCCCCCUCCACCGGGGAGCAUGAACUCUCUGCUGGGUUUUGACUCAGGCCCCUGGAGGCUGACCCAGGACCCAACAAGAGUGACCUGCCUGGCAUGCCGGCUGGGGAGGAGGCAGCUUGGGUGUCCUGGCCAGAUUAUGAUGCCUGACGCAGAUGGAAUGGUAGCCACGUGGGGUUGAGGGAGCUCCAGGUGCUCCAGACCAAAUCACCUCUGGGGCUUGAGUUUUCUCUGUGAACUUCCCUUUGGUAGAAAGGAGAUGAAUAAAUGAAACGGGACAUUCCAGAAGACUGGGACAAAGGAUGACCAAGAAGGGCUUGGUCCCAAACAGGAAUUCAGAUUUGUGAACAUUAACAUUUGUAAACCAAACCACUGAGCAUCUGCCACCCUUGCCCCGUCACCAGUGAACUUGGAAAUAGUGAUUUCCACCACGGACUCCACUCUGAGCCGAGAGCCAGUCAGGAGCUGGCGGCUGCCUCCACCUACCCACCCCACUCCCACUGCAGGGUUUAGGCUCUUGGAAACCCUGAGGAACCUAGGACUUACGAUGGAAGAACUUGACAUCUGAUGGGAAGUAGGAUUGGGGAACUGCUUUUGGCAGUGGAACUAAGAAAGCCUUUGGAUGGAAUUUUUAUAUUCACUAAAAUUGAACAAUUCACGCAGUGGGCUGGAUACAGACGAAAUGUAUAAAAUGCUGCGCUUCUUGAAAUAGCCAGGGAGCGGAGGAAGUCAUUACUUCCAUUUAGCAUCCCUUUCUUUCUGAAUAUUUUUCAGAAUCUCCCUUCCCUGUAAGUUGAGGGAUGUGGCAGUAAAUUCUGACAGCUUUAUUGCAGAAAUUAUUAACAGGCCAAAGGAGACCGGAUUGCUUUUCUUCCUCUUGGUUCUCCAUCCAGACCUUUUAGUUGUGUGGCUCAGAGUUUUGGCAGCCACCUUGCACACAUCAGCAGAACAGGGACCUGGUGUGCAAGCUGAUGGGGUUUGAGGCUGGGAGGGUAAUGUCUACCAGGAAGGGUGGGGGCCCUGUCGAUGUAGGAAGUUGAGGAGCCCUUAACUCAAAGAAACUUAUUCACCCUAAAGGUCCUUAACGCUUCAGCUCUCACCUGAAGUGCGAUAGGACUUCCUAUCCAUUAUGUCUUCUUCCCUUUUCCCUCAGACAUAGAUUUUUUUGAAAAUAAUUUUCCCAGUAACAAAAAUUGUUUUCUAGAAAAGCUUAAAAACACAAAGGGGAAAAAAACCAUCAAAAGCAUUCAUAAUCCCCCUACCCAAAGACAACCACUGUACAUUCUUUGAUGUAUUUUCCUUUAGUUUUUUUUUUUCUCCUAUGCAUAUCUGUGUUCAUGAGCAAGAUGGAUUUCAGCUGUAUUUACUCUUCCACUGUUGUUGUUUUUAAGUAGCAGUAUGUUGGGAACACUUUCCUAGGCAAUAAAUUAUUUCAAAGCA